AUGGAAGAGCAGCUGAAGGUGCUGAUACGGCAGCGGGACGCGGUGGCGGAAAAGCUGGACCGAGUGAAAGUAGCCAUCAAGUCGAGCUCCGAACAACCGAACCAGAACUUGAAGAACCUGCACUUCCUGAAGUUGCAGUUGAAGACGGUCGAGGCCUGCUAUGGUGAGUUCAAUGCGUUCCAGAACCAGAUCUACGGAUUGGCACUCACUCCGGAGCAGGAGAAGCAGCACCGGGCGUGCUACUUAAAAUUCGAGACGCUGCACAACAUUUUGACGAUUCAGCUAAACGAGUUGAUCGAACGACUAUCGAAGCCGAGCGUCGCGCUCGUCCCGGCCGCCCCCGCGUGUGCAGUUGUGCCGCAGUACCUGCCGCCGCUCAGUGUGCCCUUGCCGAAGUUCGACGGCACUUACGAGAACUGGUUCUCGUUCAAGUGCAUGUUCAGGAGCGUGAUGGACCGGUACCAGGGUGAGGCUCCAUCGAUGAAGCUGUACCAUCUACGGAACUCGUUGGUCGGCAGGGCGGAAGGCGUGAUCGAGCAAGACAUCAUCAACAACAACGAUUACGAGGCAGCAUGGGCUCUCUUGGUGGAGACCUAUGAGGACAAGCGAGUGAUAAUUGACAAGCAUAUCCAAGCUUUGUUCAGUCUGCCAAAGAUCACUCAUGAUAAGGCCGAUGAAUUCCGGAAGCUGAUUGACACGUGCGUCAAGCACAUCGGAGCGUUGAAACAUCUGCAGCUUCCUGUCAACGGGUUGAGCGAGCAGAUGCUGGUAAACCUGCUUGCGGCUCGGAUGGAUAGAGAAACACGUAAGGCGUGGGAAUCUGAACAGACAGCGGGCAAACUACCAACGUACGAGGCAACUAUGGAGUUCCUGAAGAAGAGUUGCAGAGUUCUGGAGCAGUUGGAGUUGACAAGUGUGUCGGCGAACACUGCCAAGCCGCACAGAUCGGUAGCACUGCUGAUAGCUGGCGCGAAGAAGUGUUCCACGUGUAACCGGCAACAUGACUUGAAAGGGUGCGACCAGUUCAAGACAAAAUCCGUGAACGAGAAGUACAACCACUUGAGGAAAUGUGGGUUGUGCUUCAACUGUUUGAAGAAGGGACAUCGCGUGGCAGUCUGUACUUCGACGAACACCUGCAUGAUCUGUGGCAAGCGGCAUCACACCAUGCUGCACACUGAUGGAGUGAAGAAGCAGAUGGACGCUUCGAUGUCAAUGGCGCCAGCUUCGCCGAAGGCAAACGACGAACAUCGCGCUCGACCUGCCAGGAAACAGACCCUUCUUUCGACCGCCGUGGUACUUGUCGACGGUGGAAGCGGUGGCCCGCACUUGUGUCGGGCGCUCAUAGACUCGGGAUCGCAGAACCACUUCGUUACGGAACGGUUUGCCGACAAACUGGCGAUCAAGAAGAUGCACGCCGACUACCAGGUCAGUGGUUUGCAUGACAGCAAGACGAGGAUCAGCAGCCUGGUUCGAGCGAUGGUUAGGUCUCGCGUUGGCGAUUUCUCGACCGAGCUGGAGCUGUUAGUCACUCCGAGUAUAAUUGAUGAACUGCCGCCGGAAUCGAUCGACAUCACAAGCUGGAACAUACCGCCGAAUAUCAAGCUGGCCGACCCGGGGUUUAAUUCGGCAGGCCAAAUCGAUAUGCUGCUGGGAGCAGAAUUGUUUUGGAACCUGAUAAAGUCAGGUAGAAUCACGCUGGCGGAGAACCUGCCCUCCCUCAGGGAAACUGAGUUGGGAUGGGUGGUCGGUGGUGCUUUGAAGCAUGCGGCAGAGGUGCGGAAUUGA